CAUUUUCAACCGUGGACCCGUCGUGACGUCACUGACCCACCCACAUGUCAGGAGUUAUUUUCCAGCACGGCGCGGUAAACAACAGGCGAGUUUUGGCGCGCUGAGAGAGAAAGCUGUAAACAUGAUGGCUUCAGACGGCGUAAACGGCACUCCAGGCUGCCGGUGCAUCAAAGAAGAGACUGUAUACCAAGGCGAGUGGCUGUCCCUGGGAGUAACCACCUACCAAGAUCCACAAGGACAGCACAGGACGUGGGAGACAGUCAGAAGGACCACCAGAUGUGAUGGUUACAAGACUGACGGUGCAGCAGUUGUAGCAGUGUUGAAACGAGCCCUGCACUAUGACCAGCUCAUCUUGGUACAGCAGUUCAGGCCAGCCAUUAACGGUCUCACACUGGAGUUUCCUGCAGGCCUGUGCGAUGCAGGGGAGAGUGUGGAGGACUGUGCAAUCCGAGAACUGCGGGAGGAGACCGGGUACACGGGCCAGGUCGUCAGUGUCUCACCAGCUGUGUGCAUGGAUGCAGGACUGUCCAACUGUACCACCUGCCUGGUUACUGCACAGAUCGAUGGAGAUGACAUAGUCAACAUCAGACCAAAGCCACAUCCAGAGGAAGGAGAGUUCCUGAAGGUGCUGUACUUCCCCAUGAGUGAGCUGAUGAUGAGGAUAAAUGAAUACUCCCGUAAGGAGGGGGUGACCGUAGACUCCCGAGUGUACAUGUACGCCAUGGCUCUGCAGCAGUGCAAGGGGAAGGAGCCGGUACAGAGAAGCCCAGGCAGGAUCGACAAGAAAUAAAAAAACUUCAGCACUG